AUGUCCUCCUCCACCCUCCCAACAACAUCCGCCCUCCUCCUCUCCCUCCUAACUUCCCUUGGCGGCGCAAUCGGCUACGCCCGCACCGGCUCAAUCCCCUCAAUCGCAGCCGGCCUCUCCGUCGGCGCCCUUUACCUCCUCAGUUUCCUGCGUCUGCGCGCGGGGCAAUCCUACGGCGAGGAGAUUGGGUUGCUCGCGUCGACUGUUUUGGGGGGUAGUUCGAUUCCGAGGGCUAUUAAGAGCGGGAAGCCUGUGCCGGUGGGGUUGAGUGUUUUGGCGACGUUUGGGGUUGUUGUUUUUGGGUUGGCUUUGAAGGAGAAGAGGGUUUAA